UUGUCUGACUUUAGCUCGUUGGAACAAGCUCUGACAACACUUCCACACAUUCCUCGUACUCAGACGGUCUUGGCCUCAGUUCGGGGCUCGGUUAAGGCGUCCAGGUUCUUUUAUCAACCAAAAACAAGCCGAAGCCGAAGGCGACCCGAACCGGGCUCCCUGUGACCCUCACGCCUCGCUCCCUUCGCUGUGUGCGGCUCGGCGGCUUCAGCUGGAAGCCGAACCUGGUUCAUUUGACGCUCUACAAGGCUUGUUCUCCAACUGCUCCCGUUGGGAACGCUGACAUUUCCCAGCCUCCUGAAAGUGCCGCUGUUGACGGCGUAAAGCCCCGCGGAGUCUCGGUGACCGACUGGGGCGGGGGGGUGACCGGGGUAACGUCCUAUCUGGCUCGGCGUCUUCCGGGGUGAAGCCGCGGGGAUCUCCGGCAGCCGCAGCGGCCAUGGCCGGGGCUCGGACAGCUGUCGUCGGGCUGCUCGCGCUGCUGUGCGCGAGCGUCCACCGCGGCGUCGCCUUCAACCUGGACGUGGACAAACCCUUCGUCUACACCGGACCCCAGGGGAGCUACUUCGGGUUCUCGGUGGACUUCUUUAAAUCCGCCACCAACCAAAACUCCGACGUUCUCAUCGGAGCGCCCCGGGCCAACACAUCGUCCAGCAGCACCGUGGUGGAGAGGGGAGCUGUGUACAGUUGUCCCUGGAAGAACUCCGCCAGCUGCCGGCAGCUGCUGUUCGACGACAAAGAUAACCGAUUUAAAGAUGGGAAUCAGAUCGAGUUUAAGUCCAAGCAGUGGUUUGGUGCCUCAGUGCGAUCUGACGGAGAACACAUCCUGGCCUGCGCUCCCCUCUACCAGUGGUCCACUUUCGGCUUCAGCGAGAGGGAGCCUGUGGGGACGUGUUACCUGAAGAAAGGAGACACAGUGGUGGAAUACUCACCCUGCAGAUCCAGUUCCCACACUCCAGAAGGACAGGGUUUCUGCCAGGCUGGCUUCAGUGCAGACUUUCUUAAGCAAAGUAACAGAGUUGUGGUGGGAGGACCGGGCAGCUUCUACUGGCAGGGCCAGUUGAUUUCAGACCGCGUCGACGAGAUUAUAAAUCGCUUCAACAACGACUACAUCACGCCGUACGGAAACACACUUUCCACCAAAUCAGCCGGUGCCCAGUAUGACGACAGCUACCUCGGAUACUCUGUGACAGUCGGGGAUUUCAACGAGGAUGGGAAGGAAGAUUAUGUGACUGGAGUACCGAGGGGGGACAAGGCACUGGGUUAUGUGAACAUCUUCAAUGGGGCCAACAUGGAGUCCAUGAUUAACUUCACCGGCUCGCAGAUGGCUGCCUACUUUGGAUAUUCAGUGGCUGCCUCUGAUGUUAACAGCGACGGGUUUGUGGACGUGCUGAUCGGAGCUCCCCUCUUCAUGGACCGAGGCUCGGAUGGGAAACUGAGGGAGGUGGGACAGGUGUCCGUUUACCUGAGCCGAGGCGGCUUCUCCUUCCAGCCGCCGCAGCUGCUGACCGGAGCGGAGGUUUACGCCAGAUACGGCUCGGCCAUCGCAGCGCUGGGGGACCUGGACAGGGACGGGUACAAAGACGUGGCCAUCUCUGCUCCCUACGGAGGUCCGGACCACAACGGCCUGGUCUACAUCCACAACGGCCAGGCCUCGGGGAUCGACUCCACAGCCUCUCAGGUCCUGCAGGGUAAAUGGGCGUCCAGCUACAUGCCUGCUAGCUUUGGCUAUUCCAUGACAGGAAGUACAGACAUAGACCAGAACGGAUAUCCUGAUUUGGUAGUUGGAGCGUUUGGAGCGGACAAGGCUGUUUUAUACAGAGCUCGUCCAGUGAUCAGUGUGAACGCUACGUUAGACAUAAGCCCCCAGAUCAUCAACCCAGAGGAGAAGAGCUGCACCAUUCCUCAAACCAACACGCAGGUGUCGUGUUUUAAAGUGAAGUACUGUCUGGCAGCCGGCGGGUUUGGAGCUCCGUCCUCUCUGAGUUUUCGUGUGGACCUCACGCUGGACCGCCUGAAGCAGAAGGAGGCGACCAAACGCGCCCUCUUCCUCCACAGUGCCACCUCGUAUUCUAAGAACAUGACGGUGAACAGCAACAGACGGCUGGCCUGCGAGGAGCAGGAAGUCUAUUUAAGGGACGACCGCGAGUUUCGGGAUAAGAUCACUCCCAUCUCCGUGGCGAUGGAGUACAGUCUGGACUACCAGCUGGCUGCAGAUCAGACCGGACUGCUGCCCAUCGUCAACAUCUGGGCACCAACUAACGUCACCAAGCAGGCUCACAUUCUGCUGGACUGUGGCGAAGACAACAUCUGCAAACCCGACCUCAAGCUGUCGGUGAAGAGCGACCGGAAGAUCUACAUCGGCGACGACAACGCCCUCACCCUGAUGGUCACGGCUGAGAACAAGGGCGAGGGCGCCUACGAGGCCGAGCUGCACGUCUACCCGCCUCAACAGGCCGACUUCACCGGGGUGGUCCGCAGUCAGACUCUCUCUCGGCUCUCCUGUGCUUACAAGAAGGAGAACGAGACCAAGGUGGUGUGUGACCUGGGAAACCCCAUGAAGAAAGACACUACGAUCCUGGCGGAGUUGGGAUUCAGUGUACACCAGCUGUCUGAGGAGGACACCUCCAUCAAAUUCGACCUCCAGAUUGUCAGCUCUAACCAGUUUCAGAACAGGAGUCCCCGAGUGUCCAGCGUCACGCAGCUGGACAUCCUGGCUAAAGCCUCCAUCAGAGGGUCGUCGUCUCCCUCUCAGGUUCUGCUGCCCAUCGCCAACUGGAAGCCCAAAAACCCCCCGGUGCUCGGAGACGACAUCGGGCCGCAGAUUCUUCACGUUUACGAGCUGCUGAACAACGGGCCCAGCACGUUCAGCAAGGCGUCGCUGGAGGUGGAAUGGCCGUAUCACUUCAGGAACGGCUCUCUGCUCUACAUCACCAGCUUUGAGACCGAGGGGCCCAUCAACUGCACCACGGACGUGGAGAUCAACCCGCUCAACGUCUCCGUAAGCGCUGGGACCCAGAAGAACACCAGCGUCGUCAGGGACCGAGAGAUGGAGGGAGGAAACCCGAGACGUGUGAGGAAGAGAGACCUGGAGGCCAGAGAGACGCAAAACGACUUGCAGAUACUGAACUGCAACACAGCCGAGUGUCUGAAGCUGAGGUGUCAGGUCGGCCGUCUGGAGAGGAACAAGAACGCCAUCCUGUUCAUCUACUCCAGACUGGAUGUCAACAACUUCCUCAGGACUGAGAAUCAGAAUCGCUCCUACGUGGUUCGAUCGACGGCGUCGUUUGAAGUCAUUGAGAUGCCGUACAAGAACCUGCGGACCGAGCUGCCGGCGAACUCCACCACCGUCAGCGUGUCGGUGACGUGGGUGGCGGACUCGGCCCAGCCGGUACCGGGCUGGGUGGUCGCUCUGGCGGUACUCGCAGGGCUCCUGCUGCUGGCUUUGCUCAUCUUCAUUAUGUACAAGCUGGGUUUCUUUAAGAGAGUGCGCCCCCCGCAGGUGGACUGCACCGAGAAGGAGCAGCUGCAGCCAGAGGAGAACGGGAACACUGACGCUUAGAGGCCGAGAGUUUUAAGACGCAAAGGGAGAGAGAAAGUUAAGGAGAGAAGAAAUCAGGGUAAACCAGCUUCAGAGAGAAUCACUGUAAUGACUGUUUGGGGGAGGGACGGCUAACUGUAUUUGUUU